UGGCAGUCCACUGGGUAAGCCAUGGGAAGCAGAUGUUUGUCAUCAAGUCCACUGGCUUCUAUGACAGGAGGUUUCUGCAAUUAUUAGUAAGGAGCUAGUUAUUCAGACUAGAACUAGCCUACUGCAAAAUAAACUAUAUUGUUUGGUUUAGGGACAACUGUCCCCAGCACUGAACCACAGAGUUUACUAUCUUAUUCAACCCCCACUUUUCUUUCUAGAAAUUCUACAUCCUGCUUACCCAGUUGCGGUCUUUAUGACAUCUGUGAAUGUGUUUGUCGGUAAGUGUGUGUAGAUAUUUCCAUUGAUGUACAGAAAUGUUCAAAUUUCAAUAUGUGACAGGGAUUACAAUGACAGCACUCCAAUACAAGCGCUGGCACUUUUGAUCCAUGUUUUUGGAGAAACAUGGUAAAUGAGAAAUUAAACUGAAUAUAUGAUUCUGUUUUUUAAGGUGAGGCUGAGCUGGCUGAGAUUCCUGAGGACUAGCCUGAGCAUUGGGAGUAUUACAAGGUACUAUGAGCCCUUUGUUGUCACAGUUGUUUUCUCUUAUCACAAUCCAUGUCUUAUUUGGAAAAAGUGACUAAUCAUUUUAUCAGAAAAUUAAAUGGCAAUCAUCUAUAACCCUAAACAAAGUUAUUCACAUUGGUGAUCCUCUGGAGGUUGCUUACAAUCAGACUUGGGCAAAGUAGAUUUUGAGUCCUAUUGUUGUCCCUAUAUUUGCAGCAUCCUAUCACGAGGUGGAUCUCACGGACCUUCUAUGACUCCCCAGUGAAAGACUAUGAGAAAAUGAUGGCUCUGAUUCAGAUUGAGUCUGAGAAGGGCGAGAUGAGGUGAGAGUCACACAGUGAACAUUGUGCCAACAACAAGUCAGUCUAUAGGGAGGAGGUACGUGAACUGGCGUUCUGGUGCCAGGACAACAACCUCUCCCUCAACGUCAGUAAAACAAAGGAGUUGAUUGUUGACUUCAGGAAGCAGAGAAGGGAACAUGCCCCGGUCCACAUCAACAGGACUGCAGUAGAGAGUCUGCAGUUUUAAGUUCCUCGCCGUCCACAUCACAGACGACUUGACCUGGACCAACAACACCACAACUUUUGUUAAGAGGCCACAACAGCGUCUCUACGUUCUAAGGUGGAUGAAGAAAUUCGGCAUGCUACCCCGAGUCCUUUCCAAAUACUACCGCUGCAUCAUUGAGAGCAUCCUGACCGGUUGCAUCACAUCCUGGUAUGGGAAUUGCUCUGUCCAUGACCGCAAGGCCCUCCAGCGGGUGGUAAAGACAGCCCACUACAUCACUGAGACUGUGCUCCCACCCAUCCAGGAUAUCUACUCGAAACGGUGCCUGAAGAAGGCCUGCAGCAUCAUCAAGGACCCCACACACCCCAGCCACGAGCUGUUCACUCCCUUACCGUCGGGUAGAUCAGAGCAUGAGGUCUGAUACCAACAGGCUCAGCAGAGACAGUUUCUGUCGACAUCAGACUGCUGAACACUUGAACUGGACUGACCACCUGCACUGACACUCUGCACCUUAGCACACAUGCACUCACUCACACACACACUCACACAGAUAUACACUCAUCCACACACACACACACAUAUACAUUAAUGCUACACACACAUCACAACUGCUGCUACCAGAUUAUUAUUAUUAUUAUUAUUAUUAUUAUUAUUAUUAUUAUUAUUAUUAUGGCUAAAUACUGCACAAUUUAAACACUUGCCCCACAAUCCCCCCCCUCCCCAGAACACAUGUAUUGGCCUAUAAAUUGUGCCUUCUCAGUAUUAUACUUUAUGCUCAAAUGUUUAUUCUACUGAGCCAUUUACUUUAUGUUCAUAUUCUUAUGUUUUAUUAUUUCUUAUUAUUGUUGCAUUGUCGAGAAGGAACCUGCAUGUAUGCAUUUGAUUGAUUGGACGGUGUAUACCGUGUGUAUCCUGUACAUAUGACAAAUACAAACUUUACUUGCAUUCCUUCUUUUUUGUGUGAGCAAAACAGAAGGAACAUUUGAAAGUAAACAGACAAUGUCGACAAUAUAAAUCUUUAAUCUGUACACAUUAAUUUUCAACAAAUCCUAUGUUUUUGUAUCUGCAGACUGCAACAGCUAGAGGUGUGUACGCAGAUGAGAACGAAGGGAGAUGGACCCUGGUUCAAGAUUGAGACACUGGACAAGAAUCUGGUCGACUACGGCAUUAAAUCAACGCCUGACAAU